ACGUUUGGCAUUUUGCAUUUACAGUCGAAAUGGACCAGUGGACGGGUGUACACCGGGCGUUCAUCAUACGCGCCUACUACAAGAGCAACGACUCCAUCAGCGCCGCCCAGAGGCUGUUCAAGAAACAGUUUAGCAUUUACCAGACACCGCCCACGAAUGUGAUCAAAUCCUGGCUGCGCACCUUCGAGGGCACCGGCUCCUCGCAGGCUGGCGGCGGCACACGCUCCUCUCUUCCACAAAUCUUUUGCACCAUUUGCAAUAAUUGCCUGAGUAAUGAGAAAAACUUCAGCAGCUCCGUGAAGUGAAAGCAGCAAAGCAAUCUUUUGGCUUUUAUUUUGUAUUUUAUUCUGUCUCAUAAGUUAGCGUAGAUUAAUUGUGAAUAAAAUUUAUUUUGGCUAAUUAACAAGCUAGCAAAUAA